UAGUUCAAUGAGAACAGCUGAGCGUGAAAGUCGUGGUCCACGGAAAAAAUAAAAUCGCUUUUCUAAACAUUUAUAAACGUAAACGAUAAAAGAUAUAACACGUCAGAUAGCUCAAACGCAGCUUAACCGCAAGUUCUUCCAACGCAACCAGUGCAAAAACGUGCAAUUAUAUUACGACAAUCAAAUCUCGUGCGCACCUAGCAAUAACAACAAAGGUCCCGAAAAAGAAAAGUAACACUCUGUUUAAACAAAAUAGAAAACGAAAUUGUCUGCACUAGCAAUAGCAUGUUAAUGAUUGUGUGAUUGUUAUAUAAAUGUUAAAAAUUUAUUAAAUAAAUCUCACACACACUCGAACCAUUAUGUGGAUUUGUUUGCAAAGUGUUCAAAUAAACAAAACUUAUACGCAUAACUCAAUAGAUUUUGUGCUUUAAAUACGAAAAGAAAAGACGUGAUCCACUACAUAAACUGGCAAUAAAACUUUGAGCUAGUUGGCAGCUAGUUUGUGGUGUGUGUGUUUUGCCAAUCGGCAAGCACCAGCGAUUCAUCUUGAAAGCGAAACCAGCGGCUUCAUUUGCAUUUGUUUUGUGCGGUCCGAAAAAAAUAUAUCGAAGCACUCAGCCACCCAGCAACAGAGAGAAUCUAUAUCGAUCGAAUAUAGUAUAAGAGAGCGCUUGGACGCAGUUGCGCAGUAGUGCCGGCUGCCAGAGUGUUUGGACCAUCGAGCAGCGUGGUGUCAGCCAAGUCAACUCCAGAGACCUGGACGAGCUUCCUGCACGCAGCGGCAGCAAAAAUGAUUGGACGUUUAUUUCGCGCCCACGGCGAGUUUUGUGCAUCGCAUCCCUGGGAAGUGAUUGUCGCCCUACUUACCAUUACAGCAUGCAUGCUAACUUUGGACAAGGGCAGUACCCUAGACCAGGCCAAUGGUCUUAGCAGCACCAGCGCAACGACAGCGGCUGCUGCUGCUGCAGCAGCUAACAGCGGUGGUGCAGCGUCUGCAGCCAGUGGUACGCAGCCGCCCAUAAUGGCCAGCGCAUCGUCAUCAGCGACGUCGAGUCGUCACCGGCCCUGCCACGGUUGGGGCCAGUCCUGCGAUGGCCUGGAAGCUGAAUACAAUGCCGCCGAUGUGAUCCUAAUGACCAUUGUGCGCUGCACAGCGGUGCUCUACUGUUACUACCAGUUCUGCAGUCUACAUCGGCUCGGCUCCAAAUAUGUGCUAGGUAUCGCCGGUCUCUUUACGUUCUUUUCUAGCUUCAUAUUCACCACAGCCAUUAUUAAGUUUCUGGGCAGCGAUAUAUCGGAUCUCAAGGAUGCGCUUUUCGUGCUGCUUUUGGUUAUCGAUUUAUCGAACUCGGGUCGAUUAGCACAGUUGGCGCUCUCAGGCAGCAGCCAGGCAGAGGUCACACAGAAUAUAGCACGAGGCCUGGAGCUGUUGGGCCCAACCAUUUCAUUAGACACCAUUGUGGAGGUGCUGCUGGUGGGCGUGGGCACGUUGUCGGGUGUGCAGCGACUGGAGGUGCUGUGCAUGUUUGCCGUACUCUCGGUGCUCGUCAACUAUGUGGUCUUUAUGACCUUCUACCCUGCCUGCCUUUCGCUUAUAUUCGAUCUGUCGCGCAAUGGCGUUGACAUUUCAGCCGUGAGAGAACGCGCCAAGGGCUCGUUGCUGCUCAAAUCUCUCACCGAGGAGGAGCAGAAGGCGAAUCCAGUGCUGCAGCGCGUCAAGCUUAUUAUGACCACCGGUUUAAUGAUUGUGCACAUCUACAGUCGAGUUGUGUUCAACAGCAGUGACUACGAUGCUGUGGAAAAGACACUUUCCCCACCGCUGAAUCUGAAUGUCAACAACAAUCGCACGGACUCGGGCGAAAUAACCGAUAUUAUCAUCAAAUGGCUAACAAUGAGCGCAGAUCACAUUGUCAUCUUCAUUGUCUUGAUUGCCCUUGUCAUCAAGCUUAUUUUCUUUGACCAUCGGGACACUUUGCCGAAUCAGCUGCAUCAAUCGACGACGGCGAAGGCCUCGCAGACUACUCCACUGGAGGAGGAACCAAAGCCAAGCCCAAGCCACACACCUCUGUUCAGCAUUGAGGAGCAUAGCUCGACAAAUGCAGCUACUCAGACUGACGUGGUAUCCGUGCGACAGCGUCUGACACCACCAGCCCGCCCACCACGUCCACUGCAGGAAUGCCUGAAGUUAUUGAAUUCCACCGACGAAUCGGAUGGCGUUAGUGGCGCCAGCGUUUUAAGUGAUGAAGAAAUCAUUGCCAUUAUCAAAGCUGGUGGAUCCCACUGUCCGCUCUACAAGAUUGAGUCCGUGUUGGAUGAUGCAGUGCGUGGCAUACGCAUUCGCCGACAGUUGAUUGCUGAGCGAGCCAAGUUACCAAUGUCACGCCUGGAAGUGUUGCCCUAUGAACAUUUCGACUAUAGCAAAGUGAUGAAUGCCUGUUGCGAGAAUGUCCUAGGUUAUGUGCCGAUACCGGUUGGCUAUGCGGGUCCAUUGCUGCUAGAUGGAGAGACCUACUAUGUGCCCAUGGCCACAACGGAGGGUGCUUUGGUGGCAUCUACGAAUCGGGGCUGCAAGGCACUUUCUGUGCGCGGCGUGCGCUCUGUGGUGGAAGAUGUUGGCAUGACGCGUGCACCCUGCGUACGUUUUCCCAGUGUCGCCCGUGCCUCCGAAGCCAAGAAGUGGAUCGAGAGCGCGGAAAACUACGAAGUGGUCAAAACUGAGUUUGAUUCGACGUCCCGCUUCGGUCGUUUGAAGGAAUGUCACAUAGCAAUGGAUGGACCCCAGCUGUAUAUUCGCUUUGUGGCUCUGACAGGUGAUGCCAUGGGCAUGAACAUGGUGUCCAAGGGUGCGGAGAUGGCUUUACGCUGCAUUAAGCGUCAAUUUCCCGACAUGCAGAUCAUUUCGUUGAGCGGCAACUUUUGCUGCGACAAAAAGCCCGCAGCAAUCAAUUGGAUUAAAGGACGUGGCAAGCGUGUUGUCACCGAGUGCACCAUUUCGGCAGCCACAUUGCGUUCAGUUUUGAAAACGGACGCCAAGACUCUGGUGGAGUGCAACAAGCUGAAGAACAUGUCGGGCAGCGCCAUGGCGGGCAGCAUUGGUGGAAAUAAUGCACAUGCGGCCAACAUGGUGACCGCAGUGUUCUUAGCCACCGGCCAGGAUCCCGCACAGAAUGUCACGUCCAGCAAUUGCUCCACGGCUAUGGAGUGCUGGAACGAGAACAAUGAAGACCUUUAUAUGACCUGCACUAUGCCCUCGCUGGAAGUGGGCACCGUUGGCGGGGGUACUGGACUGCCAGGACAGGGCGCCUGCCUCGAUUUGUUGGGCGUGCGUGGUGCCCAUGCCACCCAUCCCGGCGACAAUGCCCGCAAGCUAGCACAAAUCGUUUGCGCCACCGUGAUGGCCGGCGAGCUGAGCCUAAUGGCAGCGCUGGUCAACAGCGAUCUAGUCAAGAGUCACAUGCGUCACAAUCGGUCAUCCAUUGCCGUAAGCAGCGCCAACAAUCCGCUCAACGUGAGCGUCUCCAGUUGCAGCACAAUCAGCUAGAACUGACGCCACUUUUACCUCCCUGUACAUAGGCGCUCAGAUCGAGUGAGGCGAUCAAGUUAAAAAUAUUUUGUUGAAACGAAUGCUUACUGAAUUAAUGAUUAUAAUUAGAAAUGUAAUUAAUCAAUUGGCCAGGCCAAACAUCAGCAGCAGCAAUAGCAGCAUUAAGCGAUUGUUUAUAGCCAAAGCCAAAGCCCUUUGUGUCCGUAUGCGAUAAACAUAUUUGUUGUAAUUGUUCAAACUAGUAUAAAGUAUAACGCAGUCUGGGAUUCGA